AUGGGACAUGUGCAUAGGGAUGAAAUUUUCAUAGCAAGUACGCUACCCUACUAUCAGCAUCAAUGGGAAGGUGCUCUCAAAAUUUACAGUACAGAUCCAUUCUCAAUACUACUCGCGCUAUCGAUGACAUCUUCGAAGAUGGCGAUUCGCAUGGCACCCAACAAAAGAUCUGCCGAAAAUCACAACCUUCCCCAACAAUAUGGACAUCAAGCUCUAUCUCGCCAAGGUCCCAUCAUAUUGCAUCUGCAAUGUAUUCCUUCGGAUGCAAGAACUCACAACAUCACAUGCAAAUCAAUGUUUUUCACCAGCCGUUAUUACUUCCACAUCACGGGUUACUUCUUCGGGCCGUUAAAACCAAGGUCGAAGAUGCAGUGUGGAAAUAAAGGGAGAAGUAUAUGCCGUGCAUGCGUCCAUAGACAUUUACCGAGCAGCGUCUGGAACCUGAUUCUAUGUGCAAAUCUACAGUCUGCAUGCAUAUGUGCAUAUUUUGAUAAACCUCAAACUCCAACUGCUUAUUUUGUUCCCGUCUUUAUCAAUUACAUUCGUAACAGUUCGUCAUUGCUCCUCGAAACAUUCUCCGUGGUUCCCGUCCGAGGCUGUGAAAAGGCAGGUGUCCGAUUGGAAUGCUUCCAUGAAGUAUUGUAUCAGCCCAAUUUUUACCAGGGUGUCAGACGACGCCAACUCUCGGAUUUCUUGUUGAUGAAUUCAGCCCAUGUGGCAUCACCUGCCCAAGUUCGACGCAGUUUCUUCGAAGAUCCUUCAGCACAACACAGUACACAAAACUGCAACACGGUACCAAAAAUGUCGAGAUUAUUCAAUUCCGUAAUUCUUAUUUCUCUCCUCCUCUCCGUCGUUCAUGCGGCUGCAGUAGUUACUAGUGCAGGAGGCUUUAUGAGCAAAUGCGAUGCGUCUACCUUCAAAUUCUACGACGAUAUCGAAUUAGGUCCUGCUCCCCAAUUUACCUUUACCAUAACACCUAUUCUCUCCGGACUCUGUCCUGAUUCUUCUGGCCACAUGUCGAAUUCUACUUUGAAUUUGAAUACAUGUCUCGGAAACAAUGACGCUCAUCUUGUCCUUGUUCUAACAUAUCAACUACGUAGUGGCAUGUUCCAAAACUCCUGCGGCUGUUCACUCCAAAUGCCAAAUCUCUGCUGUGGUUGCGGUAAAGCAAACGGCGGCACCGUUCCAAGCGGUGUCUGCGUUGAUCUCAAUGAGGGAAUUGCAACUUCUGGCGGAAAAUUGAAUUGCGAUAGUCUUCCCGGCAAUUAAGGGUUCAAGGUUUACAGAUCAAAUCACCUAGUUGAGAAAAGGUUCUUGGAGGGAUAGCAUGGUACUACGUAUGGGCAUGGGGUUAUGGCAUUGGAGGAUUUGGGUUUCCCGGUCUGUGGGUUUCGGC